GAUGUUUGUGUUUGGGGAGUAAACGAUGCGUCCAAAAAACAUUUAAUUAUUUUAUGAAGGCAAAUAAAUCAUCCGUAUAUGAAUGGAAACACCGAAGCACAGUCUAAAACAGUGAGUGACGUAAUAGACCGUGAUUAACAGUGACGUCAUGCGUUACAUGUAGAGUAUCGAUCAAAACACGCGCGUCAAUUUCGUGAUGAAAGUCCAUUAUUAAAAAGUUAAUUAUGCUGGUUAUACUCGCUGCCACUUCAUCUAUGACCUCGUCAAUACUCUACAGCUUUUUCCAACUGAUGUCCAGUAUUAAUAAAGAGCGUUUUAUUGAUUGACAUGUGAAAUGUUGUGCAUCAGUGAUGAUCAGACUGUACUGGUGACUGGAGGAGCUGGAUUCAUUGGAUCUCAUUUAAUCAAUGCAUUGUCUGUGAGAUACCCACACUGGAGAAUCAUCAAUAUAGAUAAAUUGGAUUACUGCUCUAGUUUGAAGAACCUCAAAUCUGUGGAGGACACCAGCACUUAUAAAUUCAUUCUGGGGGAUGUUUGCAAUCCAUUUUUCAUAAAUCAUCUCUUUUCUACUGAAAACAUCAAUAUUGUGUUUCAUUGUGCUGCUCAAACUCAUGUAGAGAACUCUUUCCUGUGUCCGUCGCAUUUCAUGCGUGUGAAUGCAGAUGGCACUGCAGUGUUGGUCAGAGCGGCGUUUGAGGCGCGAGUCGCUCGAUUCAUCUAUGUGAGCACUGAUGAGGUGUAUGGACACAGUCUGGACCAGCCAUUUGAUGAAAUGAGUCCAAAAAGACCGACCAAUCCAUACUCCACAUCUAAAGCUGCUGCAGAGAACAUUGUGAUGUCUUACUGGAUGAAACACAAGUUUCCUGUCAUCAUAACAAGGAGCAGUAAUGUUUACGGACCACGGCAGUACCAUGAGAAGGUUAUUCCGAAAUUUCUGUCUCUGAUACAACAGGACCAAAAAUGCACUAUUCAAGGCAGCGGUCGGCAGUCACGCCACUUCCUGUAUGUUGAUGAUGUCACAAACGCCUUCCUGACUGUAAUGGAGCAGGGCAUUCUGGGAGAGAUUUACAACAUCGGCACCAGCUUUGAGAUCCCCAUCAUUCAGUUAGCCAAAGAACUAGUGAAAAUGAAAGUGAAGAAUGUUUCGCAUGACGAAGUUGAUGAUUGGAUAGAGUUUGUUGAAGACCGACCCGUGAGUGAGUUGAGAUACCCCAUGACGUCAGAUAAACUGCACAGACUCGGGUGGAGGCCAAAAGUGACGUGGAAGGAGGGAAUCCGACGGACAAUAAAGUGGUAUGAAGAGAAUCCACAGCACUGGCCAUUAAUCGCAGAGAAACACGAACAUUUGACCGCGGCUGUUGACACCGUUUGAUCUGCCAAAGCGAACACUGAACACACCUUCACAUAUAGUCCGACAGAUUCUGAACAUUUUAUGAAGUCUGAAAGUAAAAACGAAAAUUAAUUGUAAUAUUUAAUGUGACUGUUUAAAGUGUUAUUAAAAUAUUUUAUAUUUUGAUUUAUACUGCUGUAUCUCUAAUGCAAGGUUGUACUAUAGCUCUUAACUGAGAGUGUUGUAUUAAUCAGUGAAGUUAAUGUCAUAUGAUGAUUGGUUUAUAGAUGAUUUUAUACUCUAAACAUCAUGAAUGUUUUUCCCUUUGAUUUUCCUCACAUCUUAAUAAAUCCGUGGCACUAAAGAUGACCAAAACAAGUCAAAAUUGAUUUUCAAAAGAUGUACUCCCCCCCCCCCCCCCCCUUU